AUGAUGUCUUAACCCCCUUUCCCCCUUUUUUCGAAAACCUAUCUAAGUUUUUUGAGGGGAAACUUGAUAGUAUGUAGAUAUAUAUACUUAAUGCAUACCAUCUGGAUAAAUGAGCAUAUAAUCGCCCUUUUUAAGAAACUAAAAAGAAAACCUAAACAUAACUCCCUCCCGUCCCAAAUCUUCUUUCUACCCCGUCUCGACGGAGAAAGCGAAAGAACACAACUACCACAACGCCACAUAUAGUUUAUACGUUUCAACAUUUAUCUGGAUAAUCCUCAAAGCAAACCACUCCCAGACGGGACACACACACACACACACACACACACAUAUCCCACCAAAACAAACCCAAACCAUGUCCUCCCACCACGCCGGCCGCCAAUCCCCCUCCCCAUCCCGCCAAACCGGCCCCCAAGAAUCCGACGUCCCAGGCUGGACCGGGAAGGCCGAGCAGACCGCCAUAAACGGCCAUGGACCGGAUGCUGAACAGCCCAUGAGGAAUCUGGCGAGUAGUGGACGGACUGCUGCUGGUGGCGGUAGUGCUGGUGGGCGUGGAAGUGGAAGUGGGAGUGGGAGUGGGAGUGGGAGUGGGAGUGUGCCAGGGGCAAUGGUUGAUAGUGAGGGAAAUGUGCACUUGCUGAGUAACCCGGUGCAUCCGCUUGAGGCGGAGUCGGAGACGAAGACGGCGAAGAGGGGGGUUGUGGGGAUGAAGUAGGUUUUUUGGGGGGUUGGGUUGGAUAUAUGAAUAGUACGUAGGGAUAUUGGUGGUGGUGGUGGGGGGAAGGGAAGGGAGGGGGUAGGGGUAGGUUGGUGGACGGUGGUUUGAAGGGGUUGUUGGGAGAGGCUUCUUGUUUUCUUUCUUUUAUAUCUUUGCUUUCUGUUGUAUAAAACAAUGAGUUUAUUGUCUUAGGUGAAUGAAUUGAUGGGCACCAAAUAUGGCAACGAGAAUGAGCGCGAUUGUGGAGGGGAUGAGUGAGUAUUUUCAGUGUAUUUGUAUAUAACCAGGACUACACCACAGUGCACAUACCAUUCCCGAGAAUUGAAUUCAGUUUGGAGAUAAAUGGGUUUUGUAGUAAGAGUUAUGUAUUAUAUCAAUUUUGUGAAUAAUAGAGCGAGCUACAGGAGAGAGUUAGGCAGAUAUCUGGAACAGAAAGCAAGAAAACGAAUUUAGAAGUACACAGGUCAAGAAACUAAAGAAGGAUCGAAAGUCCCAGCCUUGAGAUAUUCGGUUAUCGUACCAUAUCAUGGUCGUUGACGUCAUCACCCCAGGAAAAGCAGAAGAGCUUCAAAAGCUAUUAAAAGGACAUAAAAAAUAAGAAAAUGGAAUAACCGCCUCGACAUAUGAACUUCCUCCUCAAUCAUGCCUUUCCCGUGACGCCCACACUGAAGCCUCAAAUGGGGCUUCACGUGGUUUUCUUCUCCGUGGCUUCAGUGGAUGUAUCAUGGCUGGCCUCCCCCUCCUCCUCGCCCUUCCCACUCUUCAAAUCUGCCAAACGUCUCGCCUCGUUAUGAAUAUCCCUAACCUGCUUAUCACUCUGCAGAUAGAAAUCUCUCACCUUCUGCCCUGUCGGAGUGCCUAGGGCCUUCUCAAAGUACGAACUCAGCCCGCGCAGGCCACUGGCAGCCUUAUCAGAGAUGCCGUAGCUAGUAUCGAUAUUCUUAGCCCUAUCAGUGGCAUGGAACUUGGCGUUGAAGUUGUUGAGCGCGUUCUGGAAGCGGGCAGAGAAGCCGUGUUUCUUGUCGAGGGCGAUGGCUUGUUGGAUCGCGUGGUCACUGAUCACGUAGCCGUGGGCGAGGUAUUCGGCGAUUAUGCGGGAGCGGGGUUUAUCUUCUUGUUCGAUGUCGUGGACGCCGUCGGUGUCGGGUUUUGAUUCGGGGGAUUCGGCGUGAGGGUUGGCGCCGGUCAGAUCGUCAAUGGAUGCGGCUGCGGUUACUUUGACGGACGAUGGGCCAAGUUGGGUGUUGUCGAGCAGGAGGGCGGUUUUGGCAGCGCUGAAAGUUAUGUUUAGCAUUUGAUGAUUUUAGAUUUAAAAACUGGACGUUAGGUAGUUACAAGGGGAAAACUCACGCCUCCUUCUCAAAGGUUACUGUUGCUGAUUGAGUAGCAUCUGGCUCUCCUGAGCUAGGAGUGAUUGAUAGAGAGGUGAUUUUUCCACUGGAAUAUAAAUGUUAGUCGCUUAGGUGUUAACAACAGCGAUAGGUUUGGGGACACGGCUCUCGCGCGACGCAUGGUUCAGACUCGUUAUCUGUGCUCCAUACAUAGAGAGAGACAAAG